CGCUUUUAACGCGGCCAGCAGUCAAAUGUAACGCCCAUCUUUUACCGCAAGACAUGGUAGACCACCGCCCUACGGAUCCAGGGAAUCUGGCUAAGCUUUAUGAAUCGCACCUCUCGCCCUACUACAAGCUUUACUCUGGCUAUGGAAAUGGCAAGCUUUCGACAUAUAAGGACAGCAUUUUCCCUGCUCCACCGUUGAAUUUCUCCUACAAGUACAUUGUGUCCACAUCUCUCAUGCAAUUUUACCGUUUCCUCUCCCUUGGAAGCUGGUCAGCAUAUCGUGUUCAUGUUGCUCGAGUCCUAGAUCGCGUUUUCGAUGUGUCGUCGUUGCCGGAAAUACUUGCAAUGGCAAACGAAACAGGCAGUGGAGGGGAGACUCCACCCUCUCAACAACGGCAGACUGUUCCGUCAUCUGAGCUGCACUUCAUAUUUUCCUUGAAGGAACGGUGGCGGGUCUUUCAAGCACAAAUGGAAAAUGAUGCCGCUGCAGCGGCGGUCAUCUGCGGAGUGGUUGCCCUAUUGACAGGUUUAAACCUAUAUUACCAUCAUGCCAGUUCAUUUUCUGUGGCCCGAAUGCUCUUAUCUUGGUGCUUUAUUUCAGCCUUCAAUGGAUUCUGCUCUGGUCUCGCAUUGUUUGAAAAGUUCAACCACAUGGACGAGAGCUUCCUGGCCAUUGAGUGGACGCUUGCCGUCAAACCUACAUCGUUCAAGACCGGCCUUUGGUGGAAAGUUGAUUUGAUUGCCCUUCCUUUCACUUGGAUGCUUUGGACAAUCCUCUUUGCUGUCAUGGGUCUAAUAGCAAAUGCAUUCGAAUCAUCAUGUCCUUCGCCACAACCAGCUAAAGCCAUCCGUCUCGCAGUUGCCAUGGGCAUCUUUGGCGGAUGCAAUAUGCUGCACGCAAUUUGGGUCUUCGCCACGGCUGGUCGUGAGAAGAAGGCCAUGAGUAACGCAUGGCAGAAGCGAGCGGAGCGAAUACGCAAUGGAACUGACGACUUAUUCCUGUGUAGUAAUCCUGACGAGCUCCCCGACUCGGAAGGCUUUUGUCGCCUCGAACUCAAAGCUGCGGAUGUCUGCGAGUUCCGCGCCUUGAAGGCAAAUGUGGCAGACGUAAACCACGGCCCAGAACGAAAGUAUGACUGGAACAUCGACUUGAUUGAAAAACUUCUCCGACAGAAUAUCUGGUGAUUGGCGACAGAUUUAGGAGGAGCAUGGUGAUGAGGACAAUGUUGAAUGACUCUGAGUUUUUUUUUUCUGCCGCCCUAGUUUGAAUGUGAUCGUUGUCCUGAUCAUCUGAAAGGAUGCGGGGACAACUCGAUGAAAAUGUAAAUAUUAAUUCAACACUAACGCGACAAGCUAAGGCCCUCGGCCUAAUAAAUAUGUAUGGGGUUC